GAGAGAAAAAAACAAUCACUUCACACAUCUUUGCUGCUUUCUCUUUUUUAUGAUUUGUGAAUUUUGCUAUCACCAUCAACCCACACCUUCUUUGCCCCUUAUGCGCCUCCAUCUCUCUCUUAUUCCUCUCACCUACCUUUCAACUCUCUCUCUCUCUCUCUUUCUUUACGAAAAGUCUUUUAAUUUCAAUUCUCUACCUGAUUUCAAAUCUUGUGUUUCCCUUCUUUUUUUUUUGUUUUUAAUUUAAUUUGAUUCUUUUGUUUUUUUUUUUGUUUUUUGGUUUAUUAUUGGUUGAAAUGGGUUGUACAAGUUCGAAGCUUGACGAUCUUCCGGCGGUUGCUCUUUGCCGUGAACGUUGUGGUUUCUUAGAAGCUGCUAUUCAUCAACGUUACGCUUUAGCUGAAUCCCACGUGGCUUACACUCACUCCCUUAUUGGAAUCGGUCACUCCCUCCAUCUUUUCAUCAACCACCACCACCGUUUCGUCUCUUCCGGCGGCGCUACCGUCGGCGGAGCUGCUGACUCUCCUAGACUCCAUCUUCCUCCUCACAGAAAAGGUGACCCUCAUCAAGAAGACGACGACGACGGCGGAGGUGGUAAAAACUCCCCCCAAAAAAAACCGAAGCUUGCUGCUUCUUCCCACCACCAAGCUCACUCGGGUUCGGGUUCUGACUCGGGCCAUCUCGAAUUCGACUCAGAUUCCGACGACGACGAUGACGACGACGACGAUUUGGAAUUGGAUUCGAUGCAUCACCACUCUCCUCAACGCCACCACCAUCUCGGAAAUUUCCCGAUACCGGAGUCAGCACCAAUGGGUGGAGGUGGAGGAUACAUGGAACAACCGGGUUAUAUGACCCGGUACCCGAAUCCAGAGAUGAUGGGUCAUCUCCCUCCGCCUUACUCUGGUGGAAAUAGUUAUAUGCAUAUGAAUUACAUGAAGAACACUUCCAUGCCUCCUUCUGUUGUUUAUGAGCAAAGACCAACUAGUCCUCAAAGAGUCUACAUAGGCGAAUCAUCUUCUUCUUCUUCUUCUAAUUACCCUUAUAAUCCUUAUCCUCCUCAAAAUUCCUAUUUUGGAUACUCUAAUCCACCACCCGCACCCGCAUCUGGAUACUACGGUGCUGGUUCUACAGCUGCUGCCGUUGCUUCUAAACCGCCCCCGCCUCCACCCUCGCCGCCGAGGUCUAACGGUUGGGAUUUUUUGAAUCCGUUUGAUACUUAUUACCCUCCGUAUACUCCGAGUCGAGAUUCGAGAGAGUUAAGAGAAGAAGAAGGUAUCCCGGAGCUAGAAGACGAUGAUUCACAGUACGAGGUUGUUAAGGAGGUUCACGGCAAACCAAAAUUCGCCCCCGGUGGUCAUCUACCGAAUCCCGCCGCCGUGCACAUGAGGGAGGAGUCUCCGUCUCCGCCGCUUGAUAAGUCUGGAGCCAGUACUAGCGGAGGCGGUGAUGUCGGAGAUGCGUCUGCGUAUCAGUCUAGACCGAGUGUGUCGGUGGAGAAAGAAGGGAUGGAGUAUGACGUUCACGUUGUUGAGAAGAAGGUCGUUGAGGAUGAGGAGAGGCGGAGCAAUGCCACGGCGACACGUGGCGGCGGUGGUGGAGGAGGAGGAGGGCCACGUGCGGUGCCCGAGGUUGCGAAAGAGAUUGAGAGUCAAUUUGUGAAAGCUGCAGAGUCUGGAAGUGAGAUUGCUAAGUUACUUGAAGUUGGGAAGCAUCCUUAUGGUCGUAAACAUGCUACUUCGAAGAUGUUGCACGGUGUUACUCCUUCGUUACCUUCUUCUACCUCUGGAGGACCUUCUGCUGCUGUUGCUACUGCUACUGCUACUGCGCCGCCUACUUAUGCAGACAUUGAAGAAGAGCUUGCGUCCAGGUCGAGGAAUCUUUCUUCGACAUUGCACAAGCUCCAUCUUUGGGAGAAGAAGCUUUACCAUGAAGUCAAGGCUGAGGAGAAAUUGCGACUAGCUCACGAGAAAAAGCUAAGGAAGCUAAAGCGUUUGGAUGAAAGAGGUGCUGAGGCUAUGAAAGUAGAUAAAACGAGGAAACUAGUAAGAGAUAUGUCCACCAAGAUUCGGAUUGCUAUUCAGGUUGUCGACAAAAUAUCUGUGACGAUUAAUAAGAUUAGAGACGAAGACCUAUGGCCACAACUAAAUGCAUUGAUUCAAGGGCUUACAAGAAUGUGGAGAUCCAUGCUUGAGUGUCAUCAAAGUCAGUGUCAGGCUAUUAGGGAAGCACAAGGCCUGGGACCGAUAAGAGCAAGCAAGAAACUCGGCGAUGAACAUCUUGAGGCGACCAGUGUGCUUGGACAUGAACUUAUUAAUUGGAUAUUGGGGUUCUCGAGCUGGGUUAGCGCUCAGAAGGGUUAUGUUAAAGAGUUGAAUAAAUGGCUCAUGAAAUGUCUUCUGUAUGAACCAGAGGAAACACCCGAUGGGAUCGCUCCUUUCUCACCUGGUCGGAUAGGGGCACCACCAAUCUUUGUGAUCUGUAACCAAUGGUCUCAAGCUCUAGAUAGGAUAUCCGAGAAGGAAGUUAUUGAGGCAAUGCGUAGUUUCACAACAAGCGUGCUUCAGCUUUGGGAACAAGAUCGGUUAGAUACGGUGAUGACUGGUCACGGGGAGUCAGAGAAGAAAGUUAGGAACAUGGACAGGGAAGAACAGAAGAUACAGAGAGAGAUUCAGGCAUUGGAAAAGAAAAUGGUUCUUGUGGCUCCGGGUGAUGGUAAUAGUCUUUCACUAUCCGGCAAUGUUGUCUACCAAAGUGAUACUAGCAACGACAGUUUACAAGGUAGUUUGCAGCGGAUUUUCGAAGCUAUGGAGAGAUUCACUGCUGAAUCUAUGAGAGCUUAUGAGGAUCUCUUACAACGCACCGAAGAAGAAACUGCUCCACGAGAACUUGAGGAAGAAGAAGAGGAAUAAUAAGCAAAAAUAGGAGAAAGAUCUUUGCUUAUCAAUCAAUUCAAUCUUGAAUCCCAUGAUCAAGCUGUUUGCUGAUCUUGCAAUGCCGGAAUAUUCAUUCGGUUUUGUGGUUUGGUAAUAUCGGAAAACAAACUGGGAUUCAUAUGUAUCUCCUUUCUGAGACACUCAGGCAAGAAGAGCCCAUCAGUAUGAUCAUGUUAGAGGAGGCAGAAACCGGGCUAAGACGCAACAAAUCGUCUGGUGAACUGAGGCAUUUUAGUGCAAUUGACUUUGAACCGGAUGGUUUUCAUGCCAUGGUGGAGAAAGGUUUCAUAACUUGACACUUGAGCCACAUAUGACGCAAGUCACAGAUAUGAGUUGGAGUCUAAUAAUUUUAAACUUGGGUCUUUGUAUAUAAGACGCUUAGGACAAAACUUAUGAUGAUAGUUCUCUCAACAAUUUUUUUGUAAAAUCCGAAGAUAGGAGGAGGAUGAUAGCUCAGGCAAAUCUUUUUUUUUUUUCUUUUUAAAAUCUUCUGAUCUCGGUGAGGGGGUCAUGUAUUAUUUGUCGGACUUAAUUCUGUGUCCAAAGAUGCUUUGGUCUUGAGCAACUGAACUGUCUUUUAGUGGAGUAAAAAGUUGGGUUCA